ACACUGUAAAAAUUUAUAAUAAUUUCUAUCCAACGCCGCUGCAUUUUGAUUGGUCCACGCUGGCAUUUGAACCCUUACGCCCCUACGUCGACCGGGAAUUUCUUCCAUUUGGACCUUCUUCUUGCGUCUACGCUGCCGGUGCUAGGUUUCUAUUUAGAGCAAAGUCGAUAACCGAGAUUUCCCUUACUUUUCUCUUCUUUUGAUUCUCGAGGUACUAGACAUUCUAUUGUAAAUUGCUGAGCUCUGAACCAAGAAAUCUCACUACAUUAUUGAGCCCCUUUUACGGGGUUCAGUGUACAAACUAACUUAAUCUGCAUUGGGAUACUAUCCUUGCACAUCACUGUUUUCAGCUCAUUCAACGAUGGUUCAUCCUGGUUCAACCCAAUUUUCACAUAAAUUGGGGAUUCAAAGUGUUCAUGGAUGCAACAAGCUACAUAUUAGUGUCAAGGGAAAGACUCGUCUACAUCUUGUUACUAUAGUUCCUACAUCACACGGUCUGAGGCACGAUCCUGGAAGUCUUCAGCUCUUACAGAGUGUAAGACGCCCGAUGUAUCCUGUGUCUUCCAGAGCAAAUGUUUUUGUGUGUCGAUCUGUUCUGGAAUCAGGUGGUGGAGCUGGGACUGCUGUUCUAAAAUCUGCAGCUGUGGUUUUGACAAGGUCUUAUGAUGCUUUACGUGGCAGUCCUCUGUUACUUAAAUUAAUUCCAGCAGCUUGUGUCAUUGCUUUUGCUGCUUGGGGUGUUGGACCUCUUAUGCGUUUGGGGAGGAUUCUAUUUCUUCAUGAGCCAGAUGGCAGUUGGAAGAAAAGUAGUACAUACUAUGUUACGACUUCUUAUGUUCAGCCUUUACUGCUUUGGACUGGAGCUACGCUGAUUUGCAGGGCAUUGGAUCCAGUAGUUUUACCUUCAGUAGCCAGUCAGGCUGUCAAACAACGACUUCUGAAUUUUGUUAGAUCUUUAUCUACUGUUCUCGCAUUUGCCUAUUGUAUAUCCAGCUUGAUUCAACAAGUACAAAAAUUUGCUUCUGAAUCAAAUGACUCGAGUGAUGCAAGAAAUAUGGGCUUUGAUUUUGCCGGGAAAGCUGUUUACACUGCAGUCUGGAUUGCUGCUCUUUCAUUGUUCAUGGAGUUGCUCGGCUUUUCAACCCAGAAGUGGCUCACAGCUGGGGGUCUUGGAACUGUAUUGCUUACCCUUGCUGGUCGUGAGAUAUUUACCAACUUCCUUUCAAGUGUCAUGAUUCAUGCAACACGACCAUUUGUGGUAAAUGAAUGGAUUCAAACAAAGAUCGAUGGAUACGAAGUAUCAGGAACGGUUGAGCACGUUGGUUGGUGGUCGCCAACCAUCAUCCGAGGCGAUGAUCGUGAAGCGGUCCAUAUUCCAAAUCACAAAUUUACUGUUAGUAUUGUGAGGAAUCUUACCCAGAAGACUCAUUGGCGUAUCAAGACUCAUCUUGCCAUCAGCCACUUGGAUGUUAAUAAGAUUAAUUAUAUUGUAGCUGAUAUGCGCAAAGUUUUGUCCAAGAAUCCUCAAGUUGAACAGCAAAGGUUACACCGCAGAAUUUUUUUGGAUAAUGUCAAUCCUGAAAACCAGGCUCUUAUGAUUAUGGUUUCUUGCUUUGUGAAAACUUCUCGUUUUGAAGAAUACCUGUGUGUCAAGGAGGCAAUUCUCUUGGAUCUCCUCAGGGUUAUCAGCCAUCAUAGGGCCCGGCUCGCCACACCUAUUCGCACUGUUCAGAAAAUAUAUGGUGAGGCUGACUUGGAGAAUGUACCAUUUUCCGACACCAUGUAUUCUCGUUCGGGAGCUACUAACCGUCAUCUGCUUCUUAUCGAGCCAUCUUAUAAAGUCAAUGGUGAUGAUAAAACCAAAGUCUCUAGUCGUUCCACUCGUCCAUCAAACGAAGAAAAGGAAGCCAAACAAGAGGCAGUCUCGACGUCAGGGACAAAAGCCCCCGACACAACUGGAUCAACAUCAAAUCUUGAUAUGAAAACAGACGAUAAAAAAUCGAUUUCUCCAUCUGGUACUACACCUAAGCCUUCAACAGGAUCGAUAUCCAACACACAGACACCAAAUCUAUCAACCAGCAUUUCAGAACAAAGCAGCGCAGAAAAGCCAAUAACAAGCAAUGAGAUAAAAGGACUGAAUUCCAAGGACAAUAUGACACGAGGGACUCCGCCCAAAAGAUCACCCUCAGCUUCUGGUCCCAUCAGCGAGAAAGCUGAUAUUCCUUCCUCAAGCUCACAGAAUAAGCUAGACAGCGAGAAGCCCUCUGCAUCGCCAUCAGUAGCAAGGCCACCAUUGGAGGAGAAUAUUGUUCUGGGAGUUGCUUUGGAAGGCUCCAAAAGAACUCUUCCGAUUGAUGAAGAUUUGGAUUCAAAAGAAGUUUCUACGCAGAGGAAUGGGUGUGAGUUUCCUACCAACAGCAAGGAUAUGAAAGAUGGCCAAAUGCCUGCAGUUCCAGGUGCGACAAAAAAUGAUUGAUGAGUAGGCAUCUCGAGGGUUGCUUUCUCCCAAUUAUUACCCCGAUUUUUGAAGCGAUGCGAAAAUGAAAUGCAGAGCUGCAUUUUUAAGCAAGCAUUUUGCAGGCUCGCCAGUGUAAAAAAUUCAUAUCUUGUUCCAAAGGCAAUGUUGGCUACGCUAACUUUCCCCCCAGAAAAGAAAAUAGGAAAAAAAAAAAAGGAUAAUUACGUUAUCAUUCUUAUUGUUAAAUGAUUUCUCAGGAUCAGUCUGUCAUUAGUGAGUUGAAUAUACAUUAGAACUGGGAUAGAUUUAGCAAAUUGAGCAUAAUUUAACUGGUUUAGACAUGUACUUUGAAGAAGGUUGACAGAUGAAUAACGUGACACCUGUAAAGGUCACAUGGAUGUAAGGGUCAAAGUAAAACAUUACAUUUUUCUUGGGCUAA